CCUGCCUGAUACGUUCCUGCUGACCACAAGCACAUGACCAGGCGUGUUUACACCUGCAGUCGGGCACACUGAGCCAAGCCCUGACUGUGCCACAGACAGGGAAGCCCGUCGUCUGUGAGUGAGAUAAGAAGCAGCGUCGUCGUGAGAGGUUAUUGUUAAGCGGACAGCUCAGUGUGAGUUGCUCCAGGCAGUCCCUGCCCACCUGUACCCAAGGAGGGAAGCUCGAUCCUCAACCUCAGGCUCCAAGAAGCCAGCCCUUUUGCUGUCCACCAUGGAUGAGACAGAUGUGGAACAGGUGACCCUGGCUCUACUAGAUGCAGCCAAUGAUAAAGACUCAGAAGUCCAGGAGCAGGUCAGAAAGUCUAUGUUAACCCUGGGAAAACAGCACCCAGACCGAGUGUUAGCCAUGUGUCAGGACUACCUCCUGAAACACCCAAAGCUGGUAGUGAGCCACAGAGUUGUGAUUCUUCAGACUAUUGAGCUGAUUGCAGGCUGCAGGAUAGAAGAGAUCACUUCCCCCAGAAUAAAAAGCAUCAUCUCUCUGGCCUCAGAUGAGAUGACACGAUCAAAGGAGGUCAUCCCUGAUUGGCAGCAAGCAGCCAGUAAUAUCCUGGUUGCUGUGGGUAACAAGCAUAUAAAUGAUAUCAUGGAGGAGAUACUAAGCAAGUUUCAGCCAGGGGUCUUACCUCACUUCUUCGUGGUCCAAACACUAGCCAACCUCUCUGAUUCCAAUGUUUAUGGCAUGGUACCUUUCCUGAAUGCUAUUCUGGGCACCAUGUUGCCCAUGCUGAGCAUUGCCAAACAGGACAACAUGAAGUGGGUCUUCUCUUCCGCCCUGUGUCAUUUCAGCGACAGUAUCUUGGAGUACCUGGCCAACCUGGACAAGGCUCCAGAUCCCACAGUUAGGAAAGACACAUUCUCCAGUGAAAUCUAUGCUGCUUUUGACAUCCUCUUCAAUAAUUGGUUACAAAGCAGGGAGUCUAAGUUGAGGCUAACAGUGUCCGAGGCAGUAGGCUCUAUGUGCCAUCUGAUGGCCAGUGAUAAACUGGAGGAGCAAAUUCCCAAACUCAUUCCUGCCAUCCUGUCCCUGUACAAGAAAAACAAUGAGCACUACGUCAUUAGCAAGAGUCUGUGCCAAGUCCUUGAUGCUUCGAUCAACAUGGGCAGCAGGGUGCUGGAGACACAACUUGAUAGUCUACUCUUUGCACUGCAUCAACAGGUGUCUGCCCCCGUUGAUUACCAUAACCCUCCGACUGUCAAGAACCACAAUGAGGUCCUGCGCUGCUUCAGUUUGCUAGCGAACUCCUUCCCAGACCGGCUGGUAUUGUUUGUACUUCAGAAGUUGGAGAACAGUAAUGAGCGGAGCAGGAUGGGCUCCCUGGCUGUCCUUCGCCACCUCAUCAACUCUACCACUUCUACAAUGGAGAGUAAGAAGCUGCUGAUUCUGGCCAGCAUCAGACAACCAAUGGCUGACCAUAGCAACAAGGUGAAGAAGCGUGUGGUCCAGGUGAUCAGUGCAAUGGCUCAUCAUGGUUAUCUGGAGUUAGAGGGAGGGGAGUUACUGGUGCGAUUCAUAGUUCAACACUGUGCCUUACCUGACACAAACCAGCGUGGCGAGAAGUCCACAGAUCCAGAGGAGGUGACAAAUGAGUCACUUAGGACGAUGUGUGACAGCACCCUUCAUCUCCUGACCACCACUGUUGGACGACUAGCUGAUGUGCUAUGGCCCAAGUUGCUGUACUAUCUGACCCCUUCACAGUACAGCAAUGCCACCACUCCUCUGUGUAAGAGUCUUAUAGUGCUGGGCAACAAGAAGAAAAAUAACCAGGAUCCCAGCUUUAACAUAGACUUUACUCAGGAAGUCAAUCUGCCCUCUCCCCAAACACUAAUGAUCAGGCUGCUGGUAAAUGCAGCAUUCCCGUUCAGUAGCAGAGGUCAUGGAGCUCCGUCCCUCUCUCUCCUUCAAAUCCUCAGUAUCAACAUUCACCCCAAUACAGAGGGUCUGUGGGAGAAAGAGAUCCCUCCUCUGCUGUCUAUACUAGAGGAGUCAACAGCACAGAGCCUGGAUAAGAAGCACUGGGAUGAGAAGCUGCUGAAGCUCUUGUCUAAAACCUUGGCUACUAUUGAUAAUGACAAGUGGGUGUGUCAGUUGGCAGCUGAGGCAACAAGAUAUCUCUCCACGUAUAACAAUGCCUUAGAGGAUAAGAGUUUCCUGUAUCGGUGUAUAGGAGUGACGCUGCAACAGUGUUUCAAUAAGGAAGUGGUUAAAAAACAACUGCAGGAAAUCCUCCUCACAGCACGGCACAAUGACGCUGUCGAAAGAGAGGGAGUUGCAAUGGGCAUCGGUCUGUGUGCGAACAGCCACCUAGAGGGAACUCUGGCUAAGCUGGAUGAGUUUGGCAAAUCAGAUGCCUUCAAGAAGUCACCAAGCAUUUUCAACCUGCUCAAAGAGCGUAAUGAUGUUGAGGUGGAGAAGGUGAAAAGCACGUUAAUCCUGUGUUAUGGUCAAGUGGCUCUGAAUGCGCCUCCAGAAAAGAUACUCAACCGCAUUGAUCAAGACAUCCUUCGUUGCAUCAGUAAACACUUCAAUACCAAGGUUCUGGGGAUAAAAGUAGAGACAAAGGACCUGACUAUGAAACUGAGUUUGAUCAAGAGUGUUGGUCUCAUAGCCAAAGCUAUCAAUGCGUGUGUGAAGAAACAAAGCUACGUCUUCUCUCGCAAACAGGAGCUCAUUACUGUUAUGCUGGAUUUUAUCAAAGCAGAGCCAGCUGAUUCAUUGAGGACUCAAGUACGCCAUCUUGUGAUGACCACUUGUGCCAACCUAAUGCCUCUGGAUCCUACACUAAGUGAGAAUGAGAGCUUUGACUUACUAAAGGUGUGUGUGAACAGUGUGUUUUCACUGCCACCUGAGACGCACACUCCAGAGAAAACUAAAGAAGACGAGAUACUGGACCCUAGCCAAAGACAGGCGUUGUACAAAGACACAUUGGCUGCACUGCAGGAGCUGCUGAAGAGUGUACUGGCCAAGGAUCCCACACCUGAUGGCCUGCAGAGUAUCUUCAAGCACAUUGAAUCAUGGUUGAACUCCGGACAGGACCACGAGAGAGAGAGAGCUGUUACAGCUACUGCUCACAUACUGGCUUACUACCUGGAUAACCUGACUGUUAAGAACAUGGUGUCUUUCCACAACCUUGGAGCUCUGCUGGGUCGACUGUCUCCACGCUGUUCUGACCCUCACCCUGCAGUACGCGCUGCUGCUAUUGACUGUAUAUACACACUGCUUAAUAUACAGCUGCGAUAUGAAGGUUUCUCGCUAGAUUAUAAGGAGGAAGCUGUGGACAGUCUGUUGUCCCUAAAAGAUCGAUUAGAAAACCCUGACCACUCAGUUCUCUACAAGAGCUGCUCUGACCUCACCAAGGUGAUGAGUAAACGUCUGCCUCAGCAGCAGCUGACGACGUUGGUGUUCAUGUUGUUUGAAGGACUGGUCGACAGUCAGACAAACUGUUGCAGAGCUUCAGCGGUCAUCCUAAAUACCCUGCUGAAGAACAGAGGAGGCGGACUGCAAGAGCUGGUACCAGAGAUGCUGGAGGUGCUCCAUGUGCGUCUGCAGAGCAUCACAGAGGAACAGGUGAGAGUGGCAGUAGGACAGACGGUACUAAUCCUGGCAUCUCAGCAUCUACAGAUUGUUAUUAAUACAUUAGUUAACCAACCACUUCCAUAUGACAGCUGGACCAGUGAGAUGUGGAUGGCCUUGGGAGCAGAUCCCAUUGUAGCCAGUCAGAUCAUAGAGAUGGUGAUGGAGAAGCUUGUCAUCAUGGCACCCUACAUAGACAAGAAGGAGUCCAUGAUAAGAGGAGGGACAACAAAAGUGGCAACAAAUCAGCCACUGGCUAUGACAUGUGGUCUCAAAGAGCUGUUAUUAAAUGGCCAGAGUCAGGAGCCAGCAGUCAGUCUAUUUCCUCAGCUCUUCUCCUGUCUCACUGUCAGACUGGGAGCAAGUGUCGGAGUCUCAGCACCGAAGGACAACAGCACUAAACACACUGCUUCCUUCCAUGUAGCAGGGGUAGCAGCUGAUGCGCUGAGAAUCUUGUUAGCACGAGCCCAGUUAGAUGAGGUAAUGAAAAGACUGGAUGAGGAUAACGCCUGGGACGCAAUGAGGGAACCGAAUACACAUAUCACUGGAGUUACACUACUAGCAAGGGCGAUGGCUAAACAUGCUGGUCCCAGGUUGCCCGCCAUUGUGGAGUGUCUGUGUCCCACCCUAAACAACAUCUAUGAAUGCCAGAGAAUCACCGUCACUGCUUUCUUCUCUGAGCUGUUAAGCCAUCAUGUGGUGACGGAGUUGAUGUUGAUAGACGUGUUAAUGAACAACAUGAUGGAGAGGAUAUCAGAUCCCUGUUGCACCGUCCGUAUGCUGGCUGUUCGAGGGCUGGGCAAUAUAGCUGUGGGAUCACCUGAAAAAGUGAAUAAAUAUGCCAAGGAGCUGCUGGCAGCAAUGAGUUCAGGAAUGGAAGAGAAAGACGAUCCAGGUAAGCUGAUCACUCUUGAGGCCAUGUCAGGUCUGUCUAAAGUUCUCCUCUACCUGGAAAAGAAGAAUGUCCACUUACUGGUGGUUUAUAUCUUCAUGAAGAUUAAACCAUUCUUGGAAAGUGAGAAUGAUGAGAUCCGCUGUGCUUCCAUCCACCUGAUGGGGAACCUGUCCAAGUUUGGCUCAGGAGAGCCAGUGUUCAAAGACCAAAUCCACAAUGUUCUGGUCAGCCUGCUGUUACACCUGGUUGACCCGAACACACAGGUGGUCAAGGCGUGUAAGUAUGCGAUGCGUGUGUGUGCUCCUGUGUUGGGAUCAGAGCAGAUCACGACCAUGUUUCAGAACCACCUCCAUGAUGACAAGGGCUUGCACUAUGGAGAGUUCAUCAAUGACCUCACCAAAUACCUGAUCCAGGACUUUCCAGGCAUGCUGAACUUCUACCACAUAUCAGUCAUCCAGUUCUUCAAGAGCAACUGGCCUGAGGUCAGAGCAGGAGCUGCCAUGUUUAUAGGGUUUCUGCUGGGCAAUCUUCCAGAGGAGCAUCUCUCCCACCUCAAUAUGGGCACCAUCACUAAAGGUUUAGUGAUGCUGCUCCAAGAUCCAGAUCCAGUGGUGAGAGUAAAGGCUGCUGAGGCCAUGGGACACUUCCACUGACACACAUAUGCACACACAAACGCAGAUCUACAUACAAAUAUCAGUGUUUCCUUGAGUCACAAAUGUUAGGUAACCACUGCGUAAAAUACAUGACUACUUGACAAGACAGAGUAUAUUUUUAUGAUUUGGACCUGUGUUUACAAAAACACUCAGAUCUCACCAUUUCAAUGUGCGGUCAUUAUAAAAUUAUCCAAAUAACACAGCUGUAACAUUCAUUAAAACCAAAACAGGGACCAAAACAGGAACAAGUAUGGAGCCAGAAGCCAAAUUGUCACAUUUACAAAGGUAACGAAAUAAUAAAAAAUGAACACUGUUAAUACACGUUCAUACACACACAUGCAAACAUACAGUAUUUAACAGCUUUGAUUGCUUUUGACACUCGAUUAUGGUACUUGAAAGGAAGAGUUAAUUCUUAACUAUAUUUUAGUGACCAAAGACUGUGUUGCUCUUUACAGAUUGACGUUGUCUGUAGCAUUAAGUGUUCAGUCCGUGUGAGAAUACCAGAGAUAUACUGAGUUCCAUGAAUGGAAUAUUCUAUACUUACAGAAGUUUCUAAUGCAAAGGUUAAGAACACAUUUGAACUUGAGUAAUACAUUUUUUAGAAUAAAUAUAGUUUAUUUAAAUAUUAAGUGCAAAUGAUAAUAGUAAUGCACAUUUAAACUACGUGACAGAAGUAUUUCACAUGACACUGCCUAGUGGCUCAAGUGCUUGUGUAUAGUCAUACCAGAAAUUUGUGAUAGUGUUAGUGGAUGUUAGUUUUAGGUUCAGGCGAUCUCUGUUAGAGAGAGAGAGUUUUAGUGACCCAGAGACCCUCCCUCUGAUCAUCCUGGUAUCCUUCAGUUUGCUCUGAGCUUUAUCCCUGCCCUCCAUGAAUAUCCAAUUCAACAUUUUAGAUCAGUUAAGACGUGCAGUGCCAUGCGUAAGUCUUUAAAAAAAUAUGUGAAGUCUAUGAUAUAAAAUGAUAGCUAUAAUGCUAAAUAAUGCAAAAAAUCUACAGCAGGACUUAAAUAUGUUCUGUGGUUUAUAGUUGUGGGUGGAGGCUGUAAUUAAAAGAAAACGGGAUGGUUAUGUUCUUGUUGCUUUGUUCAGUAGUCCAGAUCAUCUAGCCGACUUUGUCAAAUCAGCCAAAUUAGCCAGCAAUAACCAGUUAGUGAUUACCUUUACAACCAAUCUCUAACAGCAGGACUGAUACUUCCCACUACUCUUGCUUGGGAGCUUUAGCUAACGUGAUAACUGGCUGGUUCAGACAUGAUUGAGGAAAGUCACCCAUGACUUAAACAUAGCACACCUCAUUUUUAUAGCCAUAAUGAAGCAGUUUGUAAAUCACUGCCCCCACUACAACUGAAUGGCUACAGCAUGUAGCAUCUCUUUAGUACACUUCCCAAAGAUCCUUUGAUCGCAGUCUGUUUAAUCUGCACACACUUUAGGAUUGAGUUUCACAUUACAGACCACGAGUGUCCAACCAUGCUUCAUUCGAACAUUGAUUAUGACAAGAACUUUGCCAAACCUUCUGUGGUUUUCAGCGGUCAUUUCUGAAUUACUCAUUUUAAGACAGCAACUUUUUUUUGUUUUUAUUCACCCAUUACAUUGACAUCAACUAAUGAACCAGCCAGUUGCAGCCAAUCAGACCAUUAUCUACCGGUGUUGCCAGGUAGAACAGACCUGCGUAGCCAUGCUGAAAAAAGUUUGUGCCAAAUGUCCGUUAAUAUCAUUUAUUGUAAUAGCACUAUAGAGAUGUUGUUCAUGAUUUUCUCUCUCUCAUUUUGAAAGCACUUAAUGUUGUUUCAGUGUCUGUAGUUAUUCCAUUGAAUGGGUUAGUUUGUACAAAUUUAUGGUACAGUUUUGGGUUUGUCAUGUAAAUAUAUAUAUAUAUGAGUGCUGUAUUACGUAAGGAUGUCUGUACAUUUAACUUCAAUGUCUCCAAAUUAAUUCACUCACUUGCCAACAGGGAGGGGUGAACACUGAUCGAUUUCGUGUCCUAAUUUGAAUUCAUUUGGUGACAAAAAAUGUCCAAUAGAGAAUCGGGUGAAUGUAAUACAUUUUUGUAUUUGUAACACGUUUGUCUUAAAGUACGAUUGUGUGUAUGUCUACCUUGAAUAUUUUUGUUGCACUUUUAAGCUCUGCCAUGUUAGUCCCUGAUUUAAGAACUGAAACUUCAGAUAAUUUCCUUCAUAAAUUACUAUUCACAACUCAUGUGGAGAACAUUUUUGUUAUUUUGCCCUUGGAUAACUGAGAAAAAGCUGCUUUCCGCAGUUGAUUUUUGGUUUGGUUCAAAUGUAACAGGAAGGCAGUAAAACUCACAUUUACCCUGUAAUUGUAAUCUAUCAAAUACAAAAGGCUGCUCCUGCAAAUGAUGUUCUACAAACAGGGACUCAUGGCUUCUAGCACUUUCUAACACUAUGGCUUGGUUUUAGGGUGGACGGUGAAUAGGAAUUCGCAGUGUUUUUAACACUGUUAUAAACUUAAUACCACUGUUUCGAUUUUUCAUGUCAUCUUCCUGUUUUUUAACAUGUUGAAUGUUGUUAAUGUCUGUCCUCAGUAUGCGUGACACGUGGAGGUACAGCUGUUUUUUAUGGUUCAUGUGUGAAUGUGUUUAAGUCUGAAUGUGUGCAUAUCACUUUUCAUAUGUUACUGGACCAGAAGAGAGUGGAUGAUGGCAAUGAAGGAAUAAAUAGAUCCAUUAAAACGUAACUGUUGUUUUUUGAUUAUUCUGUGGCUUUUUGUUGUUGUAAAUGCAGGUUGGUGAUUUUUACUAAAUUACUUAUACUCUGUGUACCUUCAUUCCUAAUGUAGCAGCUCUAAAUACUAAUUUCCUGUUUUAAAUUGUGCUGUGUUGACUUUUAUGGUUGUAGAAUGCGACAUGGUUUAAUUUUUUGGUCUCCAAACCCCCUAAAUGUUAACCCAAAGCUCACUGGUUUUCUACCUGAUUCUAAUUGAAGACAUCAGUAGGACUCAUCUAAAUCCCACUUCUCCCCCUCUGUACAUCUCUGGAAAUUUUAAAUUUUUCUUACCUCUGCUUCUUUGCACACA